GUCGUCCAGGGAAGAGCGUGCCGCUGCACGUCUCCAACCUAACGGCACUCAUCAAGGCCGCUCAGGGAUGCCGUCAUCCACCCUGAUGCCUUCGCCACGACCAGAACGCGCUGCGGCGCCUUCCAUUCGCUCACGGUCGACUGCCAGUACUGCCUCAUCGCAGGCAGAGAUGUGUACCGCCCCUGCUCCAGUUGCAUCGCGCACUGGGCGGGCAGCGCCGCGUCUCGCUGGCACCAACACGACUUCCUCGACGGAGUCAUCCAUACGGGUACCUACCCGUACGACGUUCUCUACAUCAACGGCUGCUUCACGCGCCGAACGAGCAGCUGCAAGGCCCGCUCGUUCCAACACUGCCUCUUCGUCUUCCGAGGCAUCACGAGACCAAACCAGGUCAACCCGCAAGACUCUUGCGGAGUAUGCGGCCGCUCGUGUCGAAUACGAGAAGCGCUCUAUUGAGCGUGAGAAACGUUUCGCCGAGCGGCUUGCACGUCGAAAACAAUCGGGCACCACACUCUCUGUGUCCGAGGCCAGCACGUCGUCACGGUAUGAACGCGCUACGGCGCCUUCCACUCGCUCCGUUUCGACUGCCAGUUCUGGCUCAUCUGGGGCACCGUCCCCAUCGACAAUCGACUCGCUAGCAGAGAUACGUGCUAGACGCGCUCUACGCGCUGCCGAGCGACAGUCUCGGCUCGAAAAUUCAGCCUCCCCGGGCAAGGCAUCACUCGUUCCUGCCUCCAGCUCGAGUGCCGAAAGGUCUUCUGGGCUUGCUCGGAAGGUUGCUUGGAGUAUUUCUUCUCCAAUAUGUUCGUUUGAUGUUAAUUGAAGUAGGACGAGGGACGCCGCGCUGCUCCUGCAGCAAGAUCGUUUCCUCGCUCGACCGCACAGCCAAAGACGGACCUGAGCGACCCAUUCGUUACAAGGUCGGCUCAGGCGGAGAGGGAUCGGAGGUUUGAGGAGAGGUGCCUUCUGCACGAGGCCAGGAUGGCGGCGAAGGCGAAAGAGGAGGAGAAGAAGAGGCGGCAGGAGGAGGAGGAGGAGGAGGAGAGGGACCGGGUUUACGAGGAGAGGCGGCUCCUCCAUGAAGCCAGGAUGGCGGCGAAGGCGAAGGCGAAGGAAGAGGAGGAAAGGAGGAGGAAGGCGGAGGAGGAGGAGCGGGAGCUGGAGGAGGAGAGGCG